GAGGGAGGGGAGGGGGCUGGUUCCCUGGGGCAGGUUUGGAGAGAUGGUGGAAGGAGCAGCUCAGCUGGGGGGGUCCCCAAAGCUGUGGGGUGCGCUGGCCAGCCCUCACCCCACCUCUCCAGGCCUGGGGCCCCAGCUCAGCCGCUGCUGCUUCCCAGGCUCUGGUACCCCCUUGGGACAGGGCUCCUGGAGGAGGGAGGGUCCCGCAAAGAGCUGGCUGAGUGGCGAGGGGCCCCCGACAGGAGUCCCCUCCCUCUGGGGCCCUGCCCCCCCACUUCCCCUUCAACAUCUGGCUGUCUCCGUGCCCUGGAAUGGAGCCCCCAGACCAGCAGCUGACGUCAGGGCCACACCCCUGCCCCAGCUGGCUCCUGAGGACACCUGCCAGCAUGUCAGGCCCUUUGCAGUUCCCGGCAGCCCCCGGCCCCAUCCCCAGUCCCCAGUCCGGCAGCCACGUGGGCCCCUGGGAUGGCAGAGCUCCCCAGGCUGUGCCCUAGACAAGGGGCCCUUUGUGUCCACUCUCCCAGUUUAACCCGCAAGCAUCCAGCAGUUGCAGGUUUUAUUUUCAUUUUUUCAUUUUAAAGAUGAGGGCCCCCAAAGCUCUGGGUGGCUUUUAAAGGAGCAGCUCGAUUUGGUGCCUGUGGGUCGUCUACCUUCAAGCUGGCCCUGUGUGGUGGGCACCGAGGGGCCACCGUGGGGAAUGAGGCCAGAGGCUGGGUGUCUGCCCCGGGACCCCAGCCCCCGUGGGAAGAGCACGCCUGGCAGCCACCCGGACCAGAAAGGAGGGUGCCAGCUGGACCCCCCACCCGGCACUGAGCCGGCUCAGUCACAGGCCCUCGCCCCGUCACCACUCAAGGACUGACCCCAGCUCCUGGCAGGACAGGGGAGCCGGACGCAGACGAGGACACCAGCCCUGGGUGCACCGCCUGCCCCUGAGCCUCAUCCAGGGUGCCAGGGAGGGGGUGCACACGCUAGCAUCCUGCUGAGCCCUGCUCUGGGGACGCCCUGGGAGCUCCCAGGCCCGUGGGCCUCCGAUUACAGUACAACUCGCCCGAUUAGCUGCCCAGGUAGCCCCCAUCUGGGGGAAGCCGUGACUCAGCUCCCUGCGAGGUAAAUGAUUUAACCGCACGCCCGGAACGGCCUCACACUCAGCCGCCUGCCGCAGAGCUGGCCACAGGCCGGUGCCCCCCGAGCCCCGAGUGGUAUCCCACAGGUCAGCCCGAGGCACCGGGGACGGACAUGUCGUCUGAGCGCGUGCCGCAGGGCGGAGGGCCAGUGCUGGUGCGGCGGCAGCCACCAGCUCCCCGGGGCCUGCGCGAGGCGCUCAAGGGCAGGCUGUGGCGGGGCUGCGUGUGCAGCUGGGCGCGGGCCUGGGCGCUGGUGCAGGCCCUGGUCCCCGUGACGCACUGGCUGCCUCGGUACUGCCCACGGGAGGCACUGGUGGGCGACGUCAUGUCCGGGCUGGUCAUCGGCAUCAUCCUGGUGCCUCAGGCCAUCGCCUACUCACUGCUGGCGGGGCUGCAGCCCGUGUACAGCCUCUACACAUCCUUCUUCGCCAACCUCCUCUACUUCCUGCUGGGCACCUCCCGCCACGUGUCCGUGGGCAUCUUCAGCCUGCUCUGCCUCAUGGUGGGCCAGGUGGUGGACCGCGAGCUGCAGCUGGCAGGCUUCGACCCCGCCCCAGGUGCCCUCAACACCUCAGCCGCUGGGCUGGCACCUGGGCUGCAGGAGUGCGGGCGGGACUGCUACGCCAUCCGCGUGGCCACGGCCCUCACACUGAUGGCCGGCAUCUACCAGGUGCUCAUGGGCGUCCUCCGGCUGGGCUUCGUGUCUGCCUACCUCUCGCAGCCCCUGCUCGACGGCUUCGCCAUGGGUGCCUCUCUCACCAUCCUCACCUCCCAGCUCCGGCACCUGCUGGGUGUACACGUGCCACGGCACCAGGGCCCCGGCAUGGUGGUGAGCACAUGGCUGAGCCUGCUGCGCCACGCUGGGCAGGCCAACCUGUGCGACGUGCUCACCAGUGCCGUGUGCCUGGCAGUGCUGCUGGCCGCCAAGGAGCUUUCAGAGCGCUGCCGGCACCGCCUGCACGUGCCACUGCCCACCGAGCUGGCCGUCAUCGUGGUGGCCACGCUCGUGUCCCACUUUGGCCGGCUGCAUGAGCGUUUCGGCUCCAGUGUGGCCGGCAACAUCCCCACCGGCUUCCUGGCCCCACGGGCCCCUGACCCCAUGCUGAUGCAACGUGUGGCCCUGGAUGCCGUGGCUCUGGCCCUCGUAAGCUCUGCCUUCUCAGUCUCGCUGGCUGAGAUGUUUGCCCGCAGCCAUGGCUACUCGGUGCGUGCCAACCAGGAGCUCCUGGCCAUCGGCUUCUGCAACGUGGUGCCUGCCUUCUUCCACUGCUUUGCCACCAGCGCAGCGCUGGCCAAGAGUCUGGUGAAGACGACCACCGGCUGCCGCACGCAGCUGUCCAGCGUGGUCAGCGCGGCCGUGGUGCUGCUGGUGCUGCUGGUGCUGGCGCCGCUCUUCCGGGACCUGCAGCGGAGCGUGCUGGCCUGCGUCAUCGUCGUCAGCCUGCGCGGGGCGCUGCGCAAGGCGGCGGACGUGCCGCGGCUGUGGCGGCUGAGCCGGGCCGACGCGCUGGUCUGGGUGGCCACGGCGGCCACGUGCGUGCUGCUCAGCAUCGAGGCGGGGCUGCUGGCGGGCGCGCUCCUCUCGCUGCUCAGCCUGGCGGGCCGCACGCGGCGCCCGCACGCCGCCCUGCUCGCGCGCGUCGGGGACUCCGCCUGCUUCGAGGACGCCGCCGAGUUCGAGGGUCUCGUCCCUGAGCCGGGGGUCCGGGUCUUCCGCUUCGGGGGGCCCCUGCACUUCGCCAACAAGGACUUCUUCCUGCGCUCGCUCUACAGCCUCACGGGGCUCGACGCGGGGCGCGCGGCCGCCAGCAGACAGGGGCCCGGGGCGGGGGCCGGCCAGGGGGCCCCAGACUGGACGAGCACCGCGUCCGCGCUGCUGCCCGCCGCGGCUGCCUUCCACACGGUGGUGGUCGACUGCGCCCCGCUGCUGUUUCUGGAUGCGGCCGGGCUCGCCACGCUGCAGGACCUGCGCCGGGACUACGAGGCCCUGGGCGUUUCCCUGCUCCUGGCCGGCUGCAGCCCGGCGGUGCGGGACACGCUGAGGAGGGGCGGCUUCCUCGGGGAGGACCCCGGAGACUUGGCCGAGGAGGGGCAGCUGUUCCUCAGCGUGCACCGAGCCGUGCUGGCGGCCCGAGCCCACCACAGCGGACUGGCGGUGGCCAACUCCACGCUCUAGCAGGGCAGCCCCUGCCAGCAGGCCUCACACCCCCGGGAGCCCCGGGCAGACACCCACAGACGAUCACCACAUUCCUUCCCAGGGGCUGUGCCGCUUGGAGCAACCGCGGCUCCUCCUGGGAAAGGGGACCCCAGACCCCCGCCAGUCCAGAACACAGCAUGGCUGCCGUGGGCCUGACCCCGGGCGGUGGCACAGUGCACGGGGCGCGACUGGCUUAGCGCUUGGCCUAGCUGUCUGCAAGGUCUUCAUCUCUGAACGAGGAGCCCUAUGUUUACUGUUGCCCUGGGCCCCACAGAUCAGGCCUCCCAGGCGCCCGAAGGCCUGCCCAGCACCGGCCCCACCUUCCCGACAACCAACUGCUCCUCAGGCCCAGGCCCUUGGCCCCUCCUGCCUCAAGUCUAAAGGCAGGUGGGGCCACCACGCACUUCGGCCCAGCCCUGGGGACGGUGAACCCCUGCCCGGCACACAGCAUGAGGUGCUGCAGGUCCACUUGCUGAGGCUGUUGUUGGGCUGCCACCUGGGCCCCUCACCAUCCAGGAGCCAAGCCCAGCCCCAGGGCCCCCAGGAGGCAGCCCAGGGGGUCCUCCCACUCCCCUCCCCGACAGGGACCGGGGUCACACAGCCCCCUCAAGGAGACAGGUACCCCUGCACCCUCCUCACUGGGAGCCCCAUCCUCCUCUCUCAGCCCGGGUCCCACCCACCUGGCCGUGACGAGGUCCAGCAGCCAGUGGGUCCGGACCUGCUUGAUGCCCCCGUGAGGGACGGCGCCCACGUAGGCGAGGUUGAGCUGCUGGUCCCAGCUGAGGUCAUACUGGUCAGCUUGGUCGUGCGGCAGUGGGGGGCUGGGGACAGACAGGGUGGGGGGCUGCUAGAGUCCCAGGUUCCAGUUCGGGGACCACUCCGGAGCCUGCCAGUCCUGAUAGGGGCUCCAGGAGGCGGCCCUGGCAGCUUCUACUUGUGUGCUGUCCUGUCUCCUCUCCAAGUCAGAGUCACUGGGAACACAUUUAGUCCCAGAUGUAAUAAGAUGACCCCUGACACCA